AUGACUUUCAAAGGUACCGUCGCUGUAGAGGAGGCGGUCAUUGACCCGGCCACCACUUGGAUUCUCAGUGAAUCUCAGCACGUCCUGACCCCAGGCGAUGGUGGUGACGCCGCAGUGGAAGCCCACAAGCACCGCUUGCUGGAUAUCGACGGACGACUGGCUUCCAUGGACGCUGAAGGUGUCCAGUAUAUGCUGCUCUCAUUGACCGCACCUGGAACCCAGGGAAUCGCGGACCAGCAGCUAUCAGAGAAGACUGCCACUGGAUUCAACAACUGGCUCGCUGGCGAGGUCGCCAAGAAGCCCACUCGUUUUGGUGGAAUGGCAGCUGUCUCAAUGCACGACCCUGUCCAGGCCGCCGGCGAAUUGAAGAGAGCCGUUAAGGAACUCGGAUUCUUUGGAGGACUGAUCAACGAUUUCCAAAGCACCACUAAGGCCGAGAAGCAACUAUACUAUGAUUCGCCCGCCUACGAUCCUUUCUGGAAGAUGGCCGAGGAGCUCGACGUCCCGAUUUACUUGCACCCCCGUUACCCGGAACUCGCUGAUCUGCAGCCCGAUACGAAAUACGGAUCCCGUCUACACAUGCUUGGCGCAGGCGUUCAAUUCCACUUGGAUCUGUCUUUCCACAUCUACGCCCUAUGCUCGUCUGGUGUCUUUGACCGCUUCCCUAAAUUGAAGGUUGUUGCCGGUCACCUCGGUGAAAACAUUCCUUUCAACCUGUGGAGAGCCUCGCACUGGUACAAUAAGCCUAGCAAGAAGGCCACCCGGCCUUCGCUGCACGAUUACAGCUACUACUUCCACAACAAUGUCUUCAUCACUACAUCUGGCAACUUCAACACUCGUGGAUUGGAAUUCUGCAUCAAUGAGCUUGGAGUUGAGAGAUGCUUGUACUCGAUCGAUACCCCAUAUGAUCAGGUCAAGGAGGCCCAGGAAUGGUGGCGCACGGUAGAAUUGAAGGACAACCAGAAGGAAUUGGUUGGCAGAGAGAAUGCCAUUCGUCUGUUCAAGCUGCCGAUCGAGAUCUAA